AUGACAGGGCUUUCGGGUUACGAAAGCCCGGUAUAUCCACCGUUCCGAGUUGAUAUUUCCCCCUUUUUCUAUCAUAAACGUAUUGUAGAUCCCAGUGUACCUAUAACAACAACGAACAUUCAAACUGCAUUAGAGACAAAUGAAACCAAAGGUAAGAAAGUUUUGUUUGAAAAUACUGUUAAACUGAGCAUUGCCUUAUUUCUAGUUUCUGCUGAAAAUGAAUCGACACAUCCAGUUCGUUCGAAUAUUGAUGAUAUUGAUCAAAGAAUAGGAUGGUACAUGAAAGCAAAAGUUCAAUGGAAUUUUUUUCGAACGAUUAUUCACGAGAAUAUCGAAUUGAUCUGUGGUCCAGCAAUAACAAUCUUACCUCAAUUAUUUUGUUUACCACAAAUAAUCAUUUCAAAUGUAAUAAUUUGUCGCGACUUUAGUCCUGUGGCUAUAAGAUGUCCGUUUAUCAUAUCAUUUCUUAUUUCAUUCGCUCCUCAAAUGUUCAGUUUCCUUAUUUAUGUAAGAUCAUCGACUGUCUAUUCGGCUCAUUUUUAUUUGACAUCAAUUGGAAAAAAAGUCACAUCGUAUUGGAAACUUUGUCACCGAAGAACGAAAGAACAAUUGAACCAUUCCGAAACUUCUCCAUAUGUACUUUCAAACGCACUUCAACUUCAAGAGUAG